AUGAAUGCAAUCCAGCUCCUCGACAGCAGCGACUCGGAGGUGGAGGAGCUGGAGGAGCGCGAUGAGUUGGACUCGGACGACGAGCGCCCGCCGCCCGUCGCGCUCGCUGCGGCACCCGUAGCCGGAGCGCCCAUCGUCGCCGCUGCGCCCGUCGCCGUCGCCGCUGCGCCCGUCGCGGCUGCACCCGUCGAGGCGGGACCCGUGGCGGCUGCUGCGCCCGUCGACGUCGAGGCGGCACCCCUCGCGGCGUUCGACGUCGAGGCGGCGCUCUGCCUGCCGCAGGACAGCGCGGCCAACCGCAAGCACCUCUCCGACCUACGCUUUGCAAUGGCCGUCACGUCGUGGCACGCACGCGGCACGCGCAAGCAGCGGCAGGGCGGCGCAGAGGCCGACAUGCCAAUGGCGGACCGCAGCCUGCGCGACGCCCACGAGGCGGGGGUGUCGCUGGUGUCGGUCGCCGUCUUUGCUUGGCAGCGCACGGCCGAGCAGGUGCGCAGCGCCAUCCUGGCCGUGGGCGAGGACGGCGACGUCUACCGCAACGCCUGCGUGCGAGCGGCCGUCAAGAAGCUCAAACGCGUCUUUGGCGCUGACGCAGAGGCCCGCACCGCCGACGAGAAGCGCCGCGCCGACGGCCUCCAGAGCCGCAUUGACGGCGCCGACGGCCUCGAGAGCCGCAUCAAGGAGCUGCAGCGCCGCGCCGAGGACGAGAAGGCCCGUGCCGACCGCGCAGAGGGCCUCCAGGGCCAGCUCAACGAGGAGAAGCGCCGAGCUGACGAGCAGCAGCGCCGGGCAGAUGGCCUCCAGACGCGCAUCGACGAGCAGCAGCGCCGGGCAGACGAGGAGAGGCGCCGUGCGGAUGAGCAGCAGCGCCGCGCGGAGGACGAGAAGCGUCGCGCGGACGGCCUCCAGAGCUUAGG